CCCGCACUGAGCUCGAGCUGCGGAACCUGAACGCACCACGACUGGGAGACUGGCCGGCUCGUCCGUCACCUUCCCGGGAGAAAAGCAUCCGAUACACGGCUUCACUAGCGGCGUCGCACCGGCCCUGGAGCUCUAAACACGGAUCCGGCUUCUCUCGUCGUGAUGUGCGGGUCAGCCAGCUAACGUUAGCCGGAGAACUAGCCUCCGCCGCCCGGGUGUAGAAGCAGCCGGGUCCGAGCUCCGGUCCUCGGCUGCGUGAGGGCGAGUCCUCCGGGGGGAACUCGCGGGGGAACGACGGGCCCAUGGAGGCGCUGCGGUACCUCCAGGACCCGCAGCUGGUCGCCCGCUUCCAGAACAUCUGCGGGGUCCGGGGGAAGUUUUCCAGAAGCUUCUCUGGGGCCGACGGCAGCGGAGCUCCGGGGCGGACCGGCUCGCACCACACCGGGGCAUCGAGUCCCCUCACCGGGGCAUGUAGUCCCAAGACCGCCGGGGAGGAGGAGGGUGGAAAGCCCGCCUUCAGUGGAGCUGGUGCUGGGGACUCGGUGAGAGAACUCCCCGGGGCUCGGAGGAGGACUACCGGGGCUGAUGAUGACCACAGCCCCGGGGAAGCUCCUCAGAACGGGGCGCCUCUGGGCGGCGGAGACCCGGGCAGCAGCGCGCCCUGCCCCGGGGAGCUCGGUCCCAGCGACCCGGUCCUCGUCCCCACGGUGAAAGCCCUCCGGAGGAACUCCCUGACCGGGGACGCCGGGCAGGAGUUCCUGAUCGAGAACCGGUUCCUGUUCUACCUCUUCACGUUCGGGACGGAGCUGGGCAACGAGCUGUUCUACAUCACCUUCUUCCCCUUCGUGGUGUGGAACCUGGACGCCUUCGUGGGCCGGCGGCUGAUCAUGGUGUGGGUGUGGGUCAUGUACCUGGGCCAGUGCACCAAGGACGUGAUGGGCUGGCCCAGGCCCAGGUCCCCCCCCGUGGUGAAGGUGGAGAUGUUCUACAACUCGGAGUACAGCAUGCCGUCCACACACGCCAUGUCCAGCACCGCCAUCCCCUUCUCCCUGGUCUUCAUCACCUGCAGCCGCUGGCAGUACCCGCUCCCACUGGGCCUGGGUCUGGCUCUCUGCUGGUGUCUGUUGGUCUGCGUCAGUCGAAUCUACAUGGGAAUGCACUCAGUCCUGGACGUCAUCGCUGGAGUUCUGUACAGUGUCCUGAUCCUGCUCCUCUUCCUCCCGGUCCUGGACCUGAUUGACGGCUUCAACCUGACCCACCGCUAUGCGCCGCUCAUCAUCAUCUCCCUCCACCUGGGCCUGGGCCUCUUCUCCUUCACCCUGGACACCUGGAGCACCUCGCGGGGCGACACCGCUCAGAUCCUGGGCACGGGCGCCGGCGUGGCGCUGGCCUCCCACGUCAACCACUACCUGGGCCUGCUGCCGGACCAGACGCCGGACCAGCUCCCGUUAGCCUUUCCCGCCCUCGGCGUGGGCCUGGUGGGUGCGGCCCUGCUGCGGCUGGUCGUGGGAGUCCUGGUGCUGAUGGCCACGCGGGCGCUGAUGAAGGCCGUUACCAUCCCGCUGGUGUGCCGGGUGGCCGGCGUGCCCAGCGGGGACGUGAGGAAGGCCAGGCAGCACAUGGAGGUGGAGCUGCCCUACCGCUACAUCGUGUACGGGGUGGUGGGCUUCAACGUGCUCUUCGGGGUCCCUUGGCUCUUCAGCUUGGUGCAGUUCUCCUGACUGGACGUCGGCUCACUUCGUGGUCGUUGAAACGGUGAAGUGACGCCCCAGAACUUGACCUGCUGCUGUUGUCAGAUCAGUUCUGCUGCUUCUUCUCAUCUCCGACCACUUCCUGUUCCAGAGGCAGCUGCGUCGAGGUCGGAGAAGAUGAAUCAAAGCCUCGACAACGAUCCGCUGCCUGUUUCACAGUUUCUCCUCUCCUUGGCUCAGAGUCACACUCAGAACAGACUGAACAGGAGGAGCUGCUCCUCACGGCUUCCCAGUGUUCGUCCUGAUGACCAGGACCUUCUGCAGAUUUAACCUGGAGCCUCUCAACCCGCUCUUCUUUAGAUUUAUUUCAAAUAUAACGGCUCUGGUCUGAAGCCAGGAGACGCUGCAAAGUCAGAGCCGAACAUCCACUGCUCCUGCUCGUGCUCCUCCUCCU